CUGUCGGUAAGUUUUUAUUUGUCUUUUGCUUUCUGACGUUAAUAUUUUGUCUGGUCAUUUCAGUUAUCUUUUUAAUAUCUUUUAUUAUUAAAUUAUGGCAGAAAAUCAACAAUUUAUACAUAAUAUUUUUCAAAAUGAUCCUCUUCUUUUUAAAAGUUAUAUAAAUAAAAAAAUUACUGUAUUAACCGAGGAUGGAAAUUCACAAACCGGAAUUGUUUACACCAUUGACCCGGUGUCGGAGAGUAUAAUUUUGAUUCAACCUGAUGAUACAACAUAUCGAAUGAAAAUAAUUAUGGGACAUGCUGUUAAAAAUAUUGAAUUGUCUUCUGAUCCUGUGACAAUUAUACCAGAAUUAUUUUGUCCUUCGAUGACAAAUUUAUCAGAAAAAAAUUUAAUUGAACGUAAAAAUGCAAUUAAAAAAUUACUCGAUGAAAAUCGUGUUCCCUUUACUGAGGAUAAUGAUAUUAUUCAAAUAGAAGAUGUACUCGCUAUAAAACCGCCUUAUCAAUUAGAAAAUUUUGUUUGCAAUAAUCGCAACGUUUUAAUUAGAAUACAAACAAUUUUAUCUGCCGUUAUUAAAUAAGCGUGUAAAUUCAAUUAAUUUUCAAUUCAUUUUGUUUAUAUUUUGUGAUUCUGUUAAUCAUAUUGUAUUUUUUUGUAAUUUAAAUUCAAUUCUAAAUGUUUUUCAACAUUUUUGUAUUAGUCAUCUUUUUUUUUUUAUUAUUAUUAUAAUUAAAAUUAUUGUCAAUUUUUUUUCAAACAAUUGUUUUAAAUCGAAAAAUCAAUUUUUAAAAAGUAAAUUCUAGACGUUUUGCUCAAAUUACUGAAAAAAAUAUAAAUUUUUCAAAAAUUCAAUGAGGAAAAACAAAAUAUAAUUUCUGUAAUUUUAUUUUAUGUAAAUUAUUUGAUUAUUUUAGUAAUUUUUAACGAAUUUUUUUUUUUUUUUAAUUAAUAAUUAUUAUUUACAUGUUGGUAUGUCAAUAAUUUCAAAUUUAUUUUUUAAUAAAUAAAUAAAUUGAGUGACAUAGAAGAAAAAUGAAAUUUUCUUCUGAAAAUUUAUUUUUAUGCGCAAGGAAUGUUUUUUUGUUUUAUUAUAAAUUGUAUAGAAAUUAAAAAAAGACACUAUUUCAUUUACUAAUAGUAUUAUUAAUUUAUUUUUAUGUAAAUUUGUUUAAAUCUUAUUUGAUAAUUAUUACAAAAAUAAAUUGUGAGGAAUGUAUAUAAUAUUAACGCUUGUGCGAGAAGAUACAGCCAUAUCGAUGUUUUAAAAUAAUAAUAAAAAAAAGAAAAAAGAAAUUGAUUGUAUAUUUUUAUUUGUGGCAUAAAAAAGCGAGCUAUGAAUUGUGUAUUUAAAAACAAAAAAAUAAUCAAGACAUUCUAUAAAUGAAAAUAUAUAAAUUAUUUACUCUAAUUAAUAAAUCAUUUGCCACUUAA